AUGGAGAGAGCCAAGCAGACGACGGACGACAGCAGCAGCGGUAAAAUAUUUGGGAACUACACACGAAACCUGUACUCUGUGUUCAAGAAAUAUGACAACAAUGACAGAAUCCAAUCCAGCAAUCUCAGGAAAGCCUUUAUUGAUCUUGACCUUUACCCUUCACAUUCUCAAAUUCAAGAGAUGGUUCACUGCGCUGUAGAAUAUGGCAGCCCAUGUGAUGCUGAUCACGUGACUUUUGGGGAAUUUUCUGUUCUUGUUGAUGAACUGCAGCAUUAUUACGAGAUUGGUGCCUCUCCUGCCUUGCCCAAGUCUGUUAUCAAAAACAAAAGUGCUGGAUUUGUAGCUCGCAGAACUAGAAAAGAAAGUCUGGCCAAUUUUCAAGUGUUCUUGGGUGGCUCAUGUGGAUGUAGCCAGCAACCCUCCAGGUGGCGUAGUGAGACUGCUAUUCCCUUCCUGAAGAAAGAAAACAUUACAUUCUACAACCCGCAAGUGAAUACCUGGAGACCAGAACUGGUGGAGCUAGAAGACAGGGCUAAGAAUCUGGCGGCUCUACAGUUCUUCAUGAUAGAUAACAACACCAGAUCAGUGGUGGCUGUGUGUGAGAUUGCAUACCUUGUUGGCUGUGGAAGACAGAUCAUUGUGGUGUUCAGUAACUUCAACUCAGAAGUGGAGGAGGUUGCCAUGGAGAAAACUUCUGAAAGGGAACGGGAGGACAUAAUGCGGGCACGUAAUGUAUUGAUGGACAUCAUUGAGAGGAAUGGAAUCCCAGUCUUCCAGGAUCUAGAGUCUGCUCUACAUUGUGCAGCCAUACAUCUGAAGCAGGGGGUGAAAGUUCAAGAUCUAACUGUUGAUCAAGGGGCCUUGCCAGUUAAACAUGGCCAUGUCUUGGUUGGGGAAGCAUUACU